AUGAGUGCCAGUUCUAUCGAUGGAAACGAAUUUAAUUUGGCGCAUCUUAUGCCAAAAGUUGAAACACAACAGUUAAAACUGACUUGUCUGGAAGGUACGAAGUUUCAGGAACAAUUCUUGACAAAGUAUCCAGAAUACGAUGGUAGAGGCAUUAUCAUCGGUAUACUAGAUACGGGUAUUGAUCUCUCACUUCCCGGAUUGCAGGUAACGAGCCAUGGUCUUCGAAAAGUUAUUGAUGCAGUGGAUUGUACAGGAGCUGGGGAUGUUGACACUUCAACGGUGCGGACCGCUGUCGAUGGAUAUGUUGUUGGACUUACUGGGAGAAAACUGAAGAUUCCAGAAACUUGGGUUAAUCCAAGUGGUAAGUAUCAUUUAGGAAUAAAACCGAUAUAUGAACUGUAUAACAGGACUUUGCUGGAAAGAAUAAAGAAAGAAAGAAAGGAAAGGUUUUUUGAUAGCGGACAAAAGUUGGCAAUGGCCGAUGCUAUGCGUCAAUUGGUUGCUCAUGAAGAAGCAGUUGGUGGAACAUCUGACAAAAUAGCGGAUAAAGAAGACAGAGAUGAACUGUGCAGUCAGGUCGAAAUACUUAAAAAUAUGGAGAAAAUGGAAGACCCAGGGCCAGUAGCGGAUUGUGUUGUCUUUCAUGAUGGCAAACAAUUCAGAGCUUGUAUAGAUGUUUCGUAUCGUGGACGUUUGAAUCUAGCUCCUUUGCUUAGCAGCUACCGUGAUAGUGGCAAGUAUUACAAACUCUCUGAUCACGAUAUGCUGACAUUCUGUGUUUCUAUACAUGAUAAUGGUAAUUUGUUGGAAAUAUGUGUUCCAUCAGGAACUCAUGGAUCUCAUGUCGCAAACAUUGCCGCUGCUUACUUUCCUAACGAAAAGGAGAAAUCUGGAUUAGCUCCUGGAGCUCAAAUAGUUUCAUUAUGCAUUGGUGAUCAUCGACUUAGAUCAAUGGAGACGGGAACUGCGCUAACAAGAGCUCUAAGUCGCUGCGCUGAUUUGGGUGUGCAUCUCAUCAAUUACUCGUAUGGUGAAGCAACCAGCUUUUGUGAUUCUGGGCGAAUUAUUGAAGCUGUAAACAGACUAGUACAUCGACAUGGGGUGUUGUUUUUUUCAUCAGCAGGAAACUGGGGUCCAGCUCUAUCAACCGGUGGUUGCCCUGGCACUACUACUACAUCAGUGAUAGGGAUCGGUGCAUAUCUUUCAACAACAAUGAUGGAGGCAAUGUAUAGUAUGCGUGACAAAAUACCUCCAACACUAUAUCCGUGGUCUUCAAGGGGUCCAGCAGCUGAUGGAGCAUUAGGUGUAUCAGUAUGUGGUCCUGGUGCGGCUAUAACAAGUGUUCCUAAAUUUGCGUUAAAAGCUGGUCAGCUAAUGAAUGGUACAUCAAUGAGUUCACCAAAUGUCACAGGCACAGUAGCAUGCUUGCUUAGUGGUUUAAAAGCACAAAAUAUAGCAUGGAGUCCAUAUUUUAUUCGUUUAUCUUUGGAAAACACAGCUCGCUUGUUAAAAGAUCAAAGUCGUUUUGCGAUCGGUAAUGGAUUAAUCAAUGGCAUUAAUGCACGCGGAAUUUAUUUACGUGAACGGUUUCAAACAUGCUCCGUUAACACUUAUAAUAUCGCCAUAAAACCAUAUUUUAAGCCAGAAUCAGAUAACGAUGUGAAAAUAGCAUUUGAGAAGCAUUUAGUAUUGACUUGUGACGCAUCUUACGUAAAAUAUCCAAAGCAGUUUACAUUAAUGCAUCAAGAGAGAGAUUUUGUAAUCACAGUAGAUCCACUCAGUCUUGAAGUUGGCAUUGCUCAUUUCACUGAGAUAUGCGCUUAUGACUCAAAAAAUAUAUCACUUGGACCCUUGUUCCGCAUACCUAUUACUGUGAUUGUUCCAGUAGUUUUGGACAAUAAUUCUGGAUAUACAUUCAGGCGAAAAUUACAGUGCAAACCAGCUUAUCCAGAACGAUUUUUUAUCCAUGUUCCUGACAACGCUGAUUGGGCUCAUCUGAAAUUAUCAUCUCUUGGCUGUCAUUUGCAAACAAAAUAUGUCGCACAUGUUAUUCAACUUUUACCGGAUACCGCUUAUAGUUCUACUGAAUUUCAUAAAGUAACACUUACACUGGAGCCAAAUCAGCAGGAAGAUUUUGCUGUAGAAUUGUACGGUGGUCGUACAAUGGAAUUUUGCAUAUCGAAAUGGUGGAACAAUUUAGGAGAAGCAUCUCUAGAAGUUGAAUUAAUUUUCCAUGGAGCUAUACCGUUUCCUUCUACAAUCAGUAUAUUUUCAUCCGAAUCGCCAUUUCAUUUUGAUAUUCAUAAUUCAAUAAUGCGGUUUGAAGAUGUACGACCAUCUUUAACAUUUCGCUAUAUAUGCUUACCAUUUCGUCCCAUAGAAGCAAGAAUACAGCCUUUGGGAUCCCGUGAUCUUUUUUUCAACGGACUGCAAACUUAUCUGCAGAAAACGAGUGAUGGCUACGUUGAAUUGCCUGGUAUUACUGACUACCUCUAUGAAAGUGUAUUUGACGAUGUUAAUAUCAUGGUUUUUUCCGGCACAAAACAGUAUAUUGGAAGCAGUGGUUCUUUUCCAGAUCGAUAUUUGCUGAAAUUGGAAAAAGGUGACUACCGUAUUCGUGUUCAGAUUAGGCAUGAAAACGCAUCCUUUUUAGAAAAGUACCGAGACGCAGUGUUAAUUUUACAACUGAAACUGCCAUCAGCUAUCACUUUUGAUUUAUUUUCAAAUUACAAAAGUGCUGUGCAAGGUGAAGGGAAGAAAUUCGGUAUCAGAAAAAUGAAACCAGGUGAAAUGACUACUGUUUACGUGGGCUCGUUACCAGAAGAAAAGCUACCGAAAAUUGGUUGGCCGGGGUGCUAUCUUUUGGGAUCAUUAAGUUUAGCAGAUAUGGAAGCAGCUCGAUCUAAUGUGCAGUAUCAAGCGACUUACACUUUUUCGGAGUGGAACCGGAAAUCAGUCAAGACUGUCUCGCCAGUUACAUUAGUAAAGAAAGAAGAUGUUGCACCUGAUUCUAUUCAGGCAAUGAAAGAAUCUUUGCGUGAUUUUCAUGUGCAGUGGAUAUUUAAAUUGCAUGAUGUUGCCGAAGCAACUGACUUGUAUAAUCGGUUCAUUGCUGAAAACCCCAACAACUUGCCUGUUAUGUUGGCGCAAUUAAAACGUCUGUUCAGCAACAAGAAUAAAACAAAUUACCACAACCAAAUUUUGGAACUGGUGGAUGCUAUCUUAAAUCUAGCUAAACCAGAUGAAGUUUUGAAAUAUUUGGGUUCUAAACAUGAGAGCAAUGAAAAUGGUGUCGCCUUGAAGACGGAAAUGGAGAAUCGUAAAUUGGCUAUUAUCGAUGCUCUAGUGGUAAAGUCAGAAUUGUUAGCUGAUGCACAUUUGACAAUUAGUACUCAAGAAAUACCAAAAGCAUUUAGGCACGGUUUGAAUCUUGAUAUCGCUGCAAAACCUGAUAAAUCUAACCUAGCAACCGAGGAACAUACGAGAAAAUCGUCAGUUAGCGAUUUUCAGUUUGUCGAAAAUAUGAAAAAGAAAGAUGCUGUGGAUGAUAACGUGAGUGGAGCAGGUGAGUUAUUGUCAUUAUUGGAAUUAGAUCCAGCAGUUGAUACAUCGUCACAAGCCCUUGAAACAGUUGAAUUGGAUCAGCCCAAAAUACCUAUCAAAAUUACAUUGGAAGAUAUGGAUGUCGCAUAUUAUGAGACAUUGAAAUGGCUGGAAGCCACUGAUUCUAAGGUUUUAAUAUUGUCAGCAAAGCAGGCUGUUGCUCAUGCCCAUUAUGCUCGAGCACUGAAAUUUCUGCGGAAAGCCUGUGAAGAAAAGAGCAUGACAAAUAAUGUGGUGUUAGAAGCUGCAGUUAUUGAGCUUGUUGAACAACUCGGUUGGGUGCAUAUUGCAAACAAUCUUCGGAAUCAAAUCAUUGUAAAAUAUCGCAACGAUUAUCGGCUCUUUUGA